AUAUAUUACUACAUAUACCUCAUUACAGUUUGAUCGCUUGUACUCUUCAUACAAUAUGUCAUAAUAUUUCAAUUAAUUCUCGACAAAUAAACGAAUAAAAUGUACCAACAGUGUUUAAUUUUGUUAGCGGUCACGUCGACAGUUUUAUGUGAUAAAGAGAAAUAUGUGAAUAAAUGUUGUGAUUCAGACCAAUAUUUGGGCCCAAGAAAAAUAUGUAAGCAAAUUGAAUACAAGACCAAUAUGAGAUUUUCUCAAAUCAAAGUGUACGACGAAAAUAAAAACCACAUAGGGAAGUCCGUGGAAGAUGUAUUUCGUAUAAUUCCAAACAGAUUUGACAAUGAUACGUUCAAAAAGGGCACUGUCAAUGUAGAGCGGCUGAAUUUCAAGACUUAUAUUACUGAGACUGGAGUUCUUAUCAUGGAGUUGCCAAACGCCUACGAUCGCUACACGUAUAUAAAUGUCAAGGACUACUGCAUUGAUUACAGUCUUGAUCCUAAAACUAAUAAAACGACAGUUCCAGAGUAUAGAGUAGUAUUACCCAUAAAUGAUAACCAAGGAAACCUGGAAAGCAAAGCCUACGUGGCUAUGAUGAUAUCCUGUUUCUUCAUGAUGCUGGUGUUGAUAGUAUACAGUUUGCUGAAGCGGCUCCGAAACUUAUCGGGUUUGGUGCUCAUGUCUUACAUCAGCAGUUUGUUCUUAGCUUUCGCGCUGUUAAUCGAUCUUCAAAUGAAUCCGUCUACUAAAGAAAAAUGCCUAAUGUUGACGCUGGGCAUCUAUUACUUCUUCCUGGCGUCGUUCUGUUGGAUGAACGUCAUGUCCUUUGAUAUAUGGUGGGGUGUGAGACGCCCGACGCAGAUGUCAACGUUUUCGAGAAGAAAGAAGCUCUCCCGGUUUCUGAAGUACAGUCUAUAUGCUUGGGGAGUCCCACUUUGUACGACUAUCUUUUUCGUGGUAGUAAACUCAGUAGACAUGAGUGACUACCCAUGGUUCGUCACACCGGGUGUACCCGAUAGGGGUUGUUUUCUUUUAGGUGGCGUCAAGCUCCUGUACCUGUAUUACCCUUUGCUGAUACUGAACUUCUGCAAUUGGCUGUUCUUCGUAUUGACCUUGUGGGGCUUUCUGGCCCACAAUCGACGGACGAAUGUGCUGGAUACGGCGGCUGCAGGCAGUCAGCAGAAACAUCGUCAACUGAAGAACCAAUUAAUCCUCUACUCCAAGCUGUAUGUGGUGAUGGGCUUAAAUUGGGUGCUAGAAGUAAUAAGUUUCAUGUACCCUGACAUCAAACUGCUGUGGCAAAUAACAGACUAUUACAACAUCCUUAUAGGAGUAUCAAUAUUUAUAAUAUUCGUUUGCAAGAAGAAAGUAUUGGAGGAAAGUCAACGAUGUCUGGGGACAAAGCUAAGGGGUUUGCAUUCGUCUUUUGUUAAUUUUCGAAGCAAAGAAGCGAAUCCAAGUGGCAUUUCCAUGUCUGUGAGACCGACAAGGAUUACAUCACUAUAGUGCCAUACCAGAAACGGCUGUCUAAAACAUAGUUCUAAUUUAAUACGCUUUAAAGAUCUCAACAUUUUUUUUGUAAAGUAUCGGAAAUAUAAAGAAACGCAAGGGAUAUUUUGUCGACGUUUAUAUUAUUAAUUAGAAUGAAGUAGUUUGAAUUUCGCCCAACGCAUCUGUCAUAUUUAUGCAGCAGAUUACAGUUUCGCAUUUAACAGUCACAAUUCUAAGAAUGUACAGCGCAAUUCCUUAUAGCGUUUCCAGCCUUCCUAGAGGAUUACGUCGCGUGUGUAAGUGUGUACGCUUGACUCGCGCGAUCGAUCUGUAUUACUUAUACUUACCAAUUCUUAUACUUAUAUUAAAUUUACGUGUCAUAAGUAAAUACAGAACAUAUAUAA